ACCAGCUCUGCCAUGGUAACCAGCUCUACCACAGACUGUCACGCACAAAAACCAGUUAUUUCAGUUACAGUAGAUUCAGACAGAAAACGGCGGAUCUUCUUUGUUUCUACACGAAAAAAAAAAAGGGACAAAUAACAUGUCGGACAACAUUGAGAAUAUCUCUGAGGGUAUGGCCCAGCUGACCCUGAAGGGCCUGUCAGCAGAGGAUGAGUUCCCUGAUCUCAGUCAGCACAACAACAUCAUGGCCAAGUUCUUAACCCUGGAAAUGUACAUGAAGCUGAGAGAGCGGCCUACACCCAACGGCUUCACCAUAGAUGGUGUCAUUCAGACAGGGGUUGAUAAUCCUGGCCACCCCUUCAUCAUGACUGUGGGCUGCGUCGCCGGUGAUGAGGAGACAUACGAGGUCUUCAAGGAUCUGCUGGACCCCAUCAUUGAGGACAGACAUGGAGGAUACAAACCCACAGACAAGCACAAGACCGACCUCAACUCCGCCAACCUGAAGGGUGGAGACGACCUGGACCCCAACUACGUCCUGAGCUCCCGCGUCCGAACAGGCCGCAGCAUCCGCGGCUUCUGCCUGCCACCUCACUGCAGCCGAGGAGAGAGACGUGCUGUGGAGUCGCUCUCCAUCGAAGCUCUGGCCUCUCUGAGCGGAGACCUGAAGGGCAAAUACUACGCUCUGAAGAACAUGACCGACGCUGAGCAGCAGCAGCUCAUCGACGACCACUUCCUGUUUGACAAGCCAGUGUCUCCUCUGCUGCUGGCCUCAGGGAUGGCCCGCGACUGGCCCGACGCCAGGGGCAUCUGGCACAACGAUAACAAGACAUUCCUGGUUUGGGUGAAUGAGGAGGACCACCUGCGUGUCAUCUCUAUGCAGAAAGGCGGAAACAUGAAGGAGGUGUUCGAACGCUUCUGCACCGGACUCACCAAGAUUGAGAGCCUGUUCAAGGACAGAGGACACGCUUUCAUGUGGAACGAGCACCUGGGCUACGUCCUCACCUGCCCAUCUAACCUGGGCACUGGCCUGCGUGCAGGUGUGCACGUGAAGCUGCCCAACAUGAGCAAACAUGCCAAGUUUGAGGAGGUUCUCAAGAGGAUGAGGCUGCAGAAACGUGGAACUGGUGGUGUGGACACGGCCGCUGUGGGCGGAGUGUUUGACAUCUCCAACGCUGACAGACUGGGCUUCUCUGAGGUGGAGCUGGUGCAGAUGGUGGUGGAUGGAGUCAAGCUGCUGGUGGACAUGGAGAAGAGGCUGGAGAAGGGCCAGUCCAUCGACGACAUCAUGCCCGCCCAGAAGUAA